CCUCAUCCUUUUAUCUGAAUAUUGAAAAACAAAAACCUGUGGCUGCCUUCUUCCCUUGGAGAAAACAAAGAAGAAAAAUGGUGUAACGUUCAACAAUGGGUUCAAUAGCUCAAAGUGUUUUAAUGGCACUGACUGUGACAGUCAACCAAUUCGCUUCUUCAAACGUGCAUGCGGUUCAUAGGAAGCAAGGGAAAUCGCCAUCCGCCGCUUCUAAACCAAAACCGACCAAUACAAGAACAGCAUCCGCCAUAAGCGGUGGUGGUGACAUCGGAAUCGCGAGGAGAGGCCUCAUUUUAUCCGCUGUGGCUUCUGCUCCCCAACUCAGUGAUUCCAGAACUGAGCUUCUCAAAAGAUAUUUGAAGAAAUCAGAGGAGAACAAAGCCAAGAAUGACAAAGAGAGAAUGGAGAACUAUUACAGGCGAAACUACAAGGAUUACUUUGAAUUCGUGGAAGGGACAUUGAAAGGGAAGAACGAGCAGGAGCUAACUGAAGCAGAAAAGGGAAUUCUUGAUUGGCUUAAAGCUAAUAAAUAAAUAAAUAAGAAAGCAAA